GGGGUCGGGCGGCGGCGCCGGAGACGCUCCACUCUGUCGCUCGUCCGCCUCGCGCGCGCCAUGGCAUCCAAGUGCCCCAAGUGCGACAAGACCGUCUACUUCGCUGAGAAAGUAACUUCGUUGGGAAAGGACUGGCACAAGUUCUGUUUGAAAUGUGAGCGCUGCAACAAGACCUUGACUCCUGGUGGGCAUGCUGAGCACGAUGGAAAGCCGUAUUGUCACAAACCCUGUUACGCAACAUUAUUUGGACCAAAAGGUGUGAACAUUGGAGGGGCAGGAUCCUACAUCUAUGAUAAGCCCCAAACUGAAGGGCAAGUGGCACCAGGCCCUAUUGAGCACAUAUCCAAAGUGGAAGAAAAGAAAGCGAGCGCAGCACCCAAGGGACCCAGCAAAGCUACCAGCAUUACCACCUUCACUGGGGAGCCAAACAUCUGCCCACGCUGCUCUAAGAAGGUCUACUUUGCUGAGAAGGUGACCUCACUGGGCAAGGACUGGCACCGCCCCUGCCUGCGCUGUGAGCGCUGUGGAAAGACUCUGAUCCCCGGAGGCCACGCUGAGCAUGAUGGACAGCCUUAUUGCCACAAGCCAUGUUAUGGGAUCCUCUUUGGACCAAAAGGUGUGAACACAGGUGCUGUCGGAAGUUACAUCUAUGAUCAAGACUCUGAAGCAAAAGACCAGCCUUGAGAGUUCCUUCUCUCCAUCUCCGCUUCCUGCUCAGCCCACUUCCACUCCGUUCUCUUAGACUAAUCUCCGUGUGUGUUUAGAUGUAGUGAAAUCAACUCCUGGCUUGGCCCUGUCACAAGAGCGGAUGACGUAGCUGUGCUUGCCCUGCUGUCUCCUCCCUGGGUCAGGCUGGCGUUCUAUUCCCUCCUCUGUUUUUAUAACAAAGGCUAUGCUAUAAAAGCACAGAGAGCCGCCUCUCUCCCCUGGGUCCUCCUUUCCUUUUCCCUUCAUCCGUCAAGUGUGUCCUGGGCAAUGGCCUGAGCUGUCCUCACAUGGCUGCUUGCGGUCACACAAACCAGGCUUUAUUCCAAGGACGUUCCGCAGCCAACUAUCGCUCCAGCUUAGUGUGGGUCAUUUAAUGGCUGGCUGCCUAGAGAGGGUAGGACAAGCUGAGCAAAGCAGGGGAUUUGCUUUAUUUUUUGAGCCAUCUUCUGGGGCUGCUGGUAUAGCAUCUAGAUUCCAAACAGCCCCAGCUAUCGUCUAGCAGGCGAAGACUCAGCCAUCCUGGGAGCAAAUGCAGCAGCUGGCUCCAUCUGCCGGCUGACCUGGACUCCUGCAUGCUUGGCCAGAGCUGUGUUGCUCCCACUUGAAAUCUCAUCUCUGGACGGAAUCUGUGGGCUUGUGAGCCGAGAGAGGGCUUUUGUCAUGACUUGGGAGAGGAGGUGAAGGCCUUCGGAGACCUGUGCAGGCCAUCUGCCAAAGGAUGUAUUUGUCCCUUUUUGGCUGAUAAGUUUAAAUGUGAGGGGUACAUUGUGUCUGUUGCUGUGGGGGUGGGGAAGGAGGGGACUCUGGUUACUUGCAAAGUAUCCCAUUGUGGGUGUGCCCCCCUGAGUGUUUGAGGUUUAUUCAUAACUAGAUAGUGAUUUGCUUUUUGCUUUGGAGAAUGGGUUGCCCUUUCCAUAGCCUGGGAUAUUAGCCAAAGACACAGCCAGCACCAGCCGUGGGGGGUUGGGGGUCAGAGGCUGAAUUAAUCAAUCCGCUUUGCAAAGCCUGCACUACCCAAAUUGCAGACCACCUUCUUUAUCCCAAACUGUCUCGUCUAACUUUUGCUGACAAUAAAGGUAUUUGGCAAACA